AUGACUUCCGGAUUCGGAGGCUGUUUGGAGAUUCUUACCUCGCCACCAGAUGAGCGCUUAUUCGAUGAGAAUAAGUUCUUUGAUUACUAUAUGAAACUACCGGAGACAGUGGUCCCCAACGAGCGUCUAGGAGCAUGGAUGGCGGCCCAACGGUUGGGUGAAGAGAAGACCUCCUUGUUUGAGCUAUUGUUUUCCUAA